CCCAACUUCAAGUUAAGUCCCAACUUCAAGAGGAGGGAGGUGCGAAAGGAGCAAUGGGGGAGCAAUGCUGGGUGCAAUGGAGCUCAAUGGGAAGACUGCUCUGAUCUCUCACUUGUUGGGUGCUUACAGAACCUAGUCAUAAACGUGUAAGUAGAUGAACAGUACUAGCCCGCUGGGCUGCUCUGCCUCCGCUUUCUUGUAGGCUGUCAAAAAGGAGGUAUAAAGUUGUUUGGUUCUGACGCAGCACUAAUUUGAACGAUGAGUGCACCGACAGGGCCCCCGGGCAGGCCCCCCUUUCCUCCUAUCUCAGACCCAGCCGGUCCCAGACCUCCGCAGCAAUUUCAAAGGCCACCCUCAAAUGGUGGCGCCUUCUCAGGCAACCCUCCCCCCCGACCAGGCCCUCCGUUCCCCAACUUUGGCCCCCCACUAGGCUACCGGGGGCCUCCAGGCCCUCCUGGUGCCCCCACAACAGGGCCCUUUCAUCCAAUGGGUGCCCCCCCUGCUCAGCGAGGCCCCCCCCCUCCCUCCUUCCUGGGCCCACCUCGUCCUCUACAGGGGGCCCCUAAUGGGGCACAGCCGCCACUGUUCCAGGGGGGUCCUGGUCAGCCGCAUCCCUCAGCGAUGGGGCAGAAUCACUUUCAACGGCCAACGCCAUCGAAUGGACCGCCAAUGCAGCGGCCGCUCGGGGGCAGUUCGGGUCCACCUCCGACGGGCCAGCCAGGCGCGCCAUUUGGGCAACCGGCGCGGCAGGCACCUCCAGGCAAUCCUUCCGCUCCGUUCCUUCGCCCCCCUCCGCAGCACCUGCCAAUGCAACAACCGCAGGGCCUGGCACCGCCUUCGAGCCAGGUCCGUCCUGGCCCCCCGUCAAGCUCUACUGCCGGGCCAGCUCCUCAGAGACCCCCACAACAGUUCUCUCUUCCUCCAAGGCCAUUUUCACCAGGGCCCCCUUCGAACUUCAGACCCCCAGUCUGGGGUCUGCCCCCUCGAGGAGGCCCCCCGUUGCAGCAAGGGCCACCCCCCGCAUUUGCUCCAGGGGGGAGGCCGCCGAUGCAGUGGCCGCCGGGGCAUCCUGGAAUGGUAAGACCUGGUGGUUUCCCUGCAAGUGGCCCGCGGUUGCAGGGGGCUUCGACGGGGGUAAACUCAGUCCAGGGGGGUCCGGGGGAGCUGAAUUCGACUCAGGGGGGUGCCGGAAGCCCCGCGGGGCAGAAGGCGGAAGCGGGUAAGGAUGAGGGCAAGAAGGAAAUGGGGACAGAGUCGGAGGAGGUGCGCAAAGCGUGGAGUGCGCAUAAGAACGACGAGGGGGUGGCGUACUACUACAACAGUGUGACGGGGGAGUCGACUUACGAGAAACCGAAGGGCUUCGUUGGGGAGGAGGUCGAUAUCAUACCGGUCGCCUGGGAGCGUAUCGACGGCACCGAUUGGCAUCUGGUGACCACCAAUCUGGACUCCAAGUAUUACUACAAUACCACAACGCAGGAGACCAGCUGGCAAGUCCCGGCGGCCGUGGCGGAGCAACGGCAAAAGAAAGCGGAAGAGGCGUCCGUGCCAGACAGAGCAAACGGGGAGUCGGCGGUGGGCACCAUCAAGAAGAAGUUGCACGAAGAGGACGCGAUUGCUGAAGUGGGCAAGGAGACACCCCCUGAAAAGGAUGGGAAGGACGAGGAGGGGAACGGCGCCGAGCAGAAACAGAGCGAGAAAGAGAAACUGGCUGCGGACUUCAAGGAGAUGCUCAAGGAGAAAAAGGUUCCUCCUUUCGCCAAGUGGGACAAGGAGCUACCAAAGAUCUUCGCAGACCCACGAUUUAAGGCAAUUGCGACGACCGCGGAGCGCCGGGCCUUGUUCGACCGUUACGUGAAGACGCGUGCGGAGGAGGAGCGGCUUGAGAAGCGGGAGGCGCUGCGGGCGGCCAUGAACGGAUUCCGGGAACUGCUGGAUGAGGUGGCGGAGGAGCUCGACCAUACCGUGACUUAUGCGGACUUCGAGACUAUGAAGGGGGACGACCCGCGCUUCAAAGCACUGGAGAAGAAGGAGCGGGAGACCCUCCUCAACGAGAGGAUUGCCCCCCUGCGGAAGGCGGAAGAGGAGCGGCUGCGGAAGGAGCGCGAGGCGGCGGUCACCGCCUUCCACGAGCUGCUCGCUGAAAAGGGGGCCAACGAAACCACCAAGUGGGCUACGUUGAAGGAGGAGGUCCGAGAGGACCCGCGCUACAAGGCCGUGGCGCGGAACGAGCGCGAGCAGGUGUUCAAUGACUUCCUGGCCAAGUGGAAGGGCGGCAAAGAGUCGGAAGUCGAGGAGAAGCUGAAGGCUCACGAACGGGAGGCGCGCAAGCGGAAGGAGCGCGAGGAAGAAGAACUAGAGCGGAUCCGGACCAAGGCGCGGCAAAAGGACGCGCUGGACUCGUACAAGGCCAUCCUGGCCCAGAAAGUCAAGGAAGCUGACGCCACGUGGGCUGACUGGCGCCGGCGCAUCGAAAAAGAAGCCGAGGAGAAGCAGGUGACCCCGCACCUAGAAGCGAAGGAGUUGGAGCACCUGUUCAAGGAGCACGUGCGGGGCAUCAUGGACGCGUGCGUCCGCGACUACAAGCGCCUGCUGGCGGAGGCUCUCCCCGAGGAGACGAUCCAAAAAGAGGACCCCGACGGGCGAAUUCCUCUUGACUCGUGGACGGCGGCCAAGGGGCUUAUGCGGGAAGACGCCCGCCUCAAACGGCUGCCGAAAGUAGAGAGGGAGCCGCUCUACCGGCAGUACACAGAGGACGUCCGGAAGAGACUAAAUCUCCCGCCGGGGGCUAACUACGUUAGAGAUAGGGGUCCGGCGGGGGCGAGACCUCCAGCCGCCGAGCCAAGGCGAGAAACAUAUCGGGAGCACCGGGACAAACGGCCGCGAAGGUGAAGGAAUAUGGGCUGUUGCCGCUUAUCAAACUUUGGUGUAGCUAGGCCCGGAUGCAACAAGCUCCUCUGCGCUCCUUCAUGUGGCAAAGAAGACUUGACACGAGGACGCUCUGAGACAAGGCUACAGCGGGUCGGGUAAAUCUGCAAGAACCACAAGCAUAAUGCUUCGAUGUUUCAUCCAAUGGGCAUCUCAAAUGAUGCUGACCCUUGAAUGCCCAGUUUGGCACUGAUCUUCGAUGGUCGAGGAACUUGCUUGAUUGCAAUGUUUUGCAUGUUGGAAAAGCGACAUGCAACAGGCUGCUGUACGCAACAAUAGUCCAACUCAGUUCGUGCAUUUUUGUCGAGUCCCUUCAAUGGGUUCAGAGUAUACCAACCUUGAACUUUCCGCCGAAGUCAGGAGACAAUUGGAUAGUGUGGGAAACCUAGCUAGAGUGCAGGUCACUGUAACGUGGUUCCAUGUAGCGAUCACAUAUCAGCAUGCAAUAUGGAAUGUAGAAUUUGUUGAUAACGAUC